CUAACAUCCAAAGAAGGAGAGGGAGCGUUUGGAAGAUGAGUUGUUCGCCUUGAUCCUUAAGGACCUAAAAGGCUCCUCCUGACCUCUAGAUAUAAAGCGUGAAGUGUUAGGUUUGCUGACUCUGGAGUGGAUCUAAGAAGGAGUGGAUCUUUGAGAGAAUCUCCAAGAUGUCCAAAGUGAAGGCUGCACCUCCUCCUGGAUGUACUCUGAACAUCAACGAUCCUCAGGUCCAGGAAGCUGCUAUUCGGAUCCAGGCCUCAUAUCGUGGCCACAGGUCGCGUAAAGAGCUGCGGGAGAAAGGUCCUCCUAAGAUCCUCCAGGAGCUAAAAGAUGUGGUUCUUGUUGAGGGAAGCGCCGCAAAGCUGGAGUGCAGAGUUAGCGCUUUCCCGGAUCCUUUCAUCAUGUGGUACAAGGACGGCAAAGAGCUGAAGGACGGUCCCAAGUACCGCUAUGUUUUUGAAGACCCAGAUUUUGUGGCACUCGUGGUUCGAGAUGGGGUUCUGGCUGAUCUGGGAAAAUAUACUGUUAACAUCAAGAAUCCGUUUGGCCAGACGUCGGGAUCUGCUUGUAUUCUAGUAGAGGUCCCUGCGAAGGUUUCUAAAGGCCCAGACAACAUCAAGGCCAAGAGAGGGACGACAGUGGUGCUCAAGGCUGAAAUAAGUGGGGAGCCUCCUCCAGAUGUUGCCUGGCUCAAAGAUGGAGAUGACAUUGAAGAAGACGACAGGGUAUUCUUUGAUGUCGGAGACACUAACACAAUCUUGACUAUUAAAAAUGCAAAGUCAUCUGAUGCUGGCAAGUAUGAAGUGUUUGUAGAGAACAAUCUAGGUACAGACCAGUCCUUCGCUCGUGUCGACAUCCUCUGAUGCAACCUCUCAAGCGCACAAAUGCAGAAGCAAGGAGCCUUUGUUCUCUUACAGUGCUAUCCAACGGACAAUAUACUGUGUUGAUACUGUGUUCAAAGCUGUACAUAAAUAAAAUGCUGCUCAUAUUAAAAAAGUAAAGAUCUUUUGUGAA